AUGUCCCUGGAGUCGCUUGGCUCCCUCGCCAGGACCGUCAACGAUAGAUUUUUAAGGGAUAAUCUGAGGCGCAUCAUCUCAGGCACCAACGUGUCCAUUUCUUCAGUUCUAGAUGGCUUCAGAGGCCCCGACAGCGACAACGAGAACUGGGCAGAGCCGCUGCAGAGCAAUGAGCCGCAGACACUCCCGAGCGCAUUCGAGGACUUGGCGCGCGGUGGCAGCUACGCGCGACAGGGCAGCGACAACAUGCUAAAGCGCAGAAAUUCCUCUGUGGGCCGCCGGCCCAGUCAGCUGCAGCGGGGGGCACCGGACGGCGCCAGCCGCGCCCCUGAGCUUCGCACCAUCUACUCUGCAGCCUCGCUAGGGUACCCAGUGAGUCCCAGAGCGCAGAGGAAGCCAGCAGGAAAGGACCGCAGGCAGCAGCAGCAGAAGCAGCAGCAGAAGAGAUGGAAGUGGUCGAAGAUUGCAACUGCAGCCUUCUUUAUUGCGUGGGCAAUUCUGGGCAUAUGCUUUCUUACUGGCGCUUGGCUCCCACAACACGAGCCGGAUCUGAUGCACGUAGAUUUGGGAUCUGGUGAGGGCCAAUCGCAGGCUGCCAGCUGGCGCCUGCUCAGCCUGCUGCACCCCGGCAACCCCCGCCGCCUGCUCAAGGAGAGCCAGGUGAAGCCGCACAACAACAUGGGAACAGCGGCGCACAGGCAGCACGGCACGGACGCCUUCACGGCAGCUGCCGCGCGCGUGCAGCACCAGCAUGCCGCUGGCCGCUGGGGGCAGCACAUGUCCUCGCGCAUGAGCCGCUCCCUCGCCGAGGGCGAUGCCUCCGCCGCAGGUGACGGAGCUUCUGCCACAGCUGAAGCGCCGAGCAUCGCAACGGCGGCGGCCUUCCGCCCGGGACAGGGCGCAUCGGCCGGGUCCGUGGCCAGCAAGGCCGGGGCCGGCAACGGCGGCGCGGUCGGCACGCAGAGCGAGGCCGAGCGCGCGGCCGCGGCCGGCAACGCCGCGGCCGGCGGCGGCGGCAGCGGCGCGUCGGUGGGCGGCGCUGCUUUCGUCGGCGCGAGCCUGCUGCAGCAGGACGCGUCUGCUGCCGAGGUUGCCCAGCAGACACCCACUGCUGAGGGCCAAGCAAACACGCUGCAGUACAGCAACGGCUACGUCAACGUGACCGGCCCCCACUACCGAGUGGUGCAGCACACUCAGAACCGCGACGUAUGCGCGGCUGCAUGCGCCGGUGACUCGGCAUGCGCCGCGUGGACGCGCAUCGCCGCCGGACGGUCGGACGUGCAGUCAUGCUACCUCAAGUCCGCCGUCGCUGACCUGGCCGCCGCUCGGCGCAACUCGGCAGUGCAAUACGUGGCACCAAAUCCUACAUCUCAGGUGGUGUUGGAGUCUGGGACAAAGGAGCCCAACGCUCUGCCCGCAGCCCUGUACGGCUGCCCAUACCCGCCCUCGCGCAACGGCGGCUGCAAUCCUCCGCCUACAUGCAACUGCUACCAGGGUGUCUGCUAUGGUGACUGCUGA